UUGUAUAAAUUUUCAUCCUUUCAGAAAACUAAAAAUUCUUUCAACCGUGUUGGGACUGGCUUCAAACCUCGGCCGAUUAGCGAAUGUUCUGAUGCGCUUGCGUCUUUAACGCAGUCAUCUGGCUCUAAUCGGUCUACAUUUGGCACUUCAGCACUCGAGAGUCUGCCUCCUGAAUGUUUGUUUCAUAUUCUGUCUAAUCUGAACUCACCGCAGGAUCUUGCUACAGCAUCUUUAGCCUCUCCAACUCUCUCUAUCCUAGUUGAAGAUGAAAAUUUUUGGCGUCGAAUGAGCCUCCUACACUUUACUCCCUCCCAGCUUUCAGCAGUUUUCUAUGGUCGACCCAGUUGGCGCGAUGAGCAUGAGAGGCCAAAGCAGUUAAAUCACUUAAAUCAUGAAACUUCAACGGCUGCUGAUGUCGUAGGUGUUUCAGGGACGCCUAGUGAUGAAAAUGUCAGGACAGUCAAUUGUGAGAGAACUCGUAUGUCUUUAGAUGAUUGCAACUGGCGUCGAGCUUAUACCCGUCUCAUCCGGCGAUAUGGCGACCAACACAUGUACUCAGCAAAACUUGCAGUUUGUGAAAAUUGUUCCUGUCUUUUCUGGCCAGUAGGUCCUCUAAUAAUUUUAAAUGAUCUGGAAUAA